CCUCUCCCCCGCGAGCGGCGGCGGUGGCUCGGCCCGGCCGCGGCGGCGGGGCCGGCGGUGAGCUCCGUGCCCGCGGCCGUGCCCGCGCCGGCGGCGGCCCCAGCGAGGGGCUCGGCUCUGCUCUGAGCUCCGCCGCCGCCGCCGCUGCUCGCAGCCGCCGCUUCCAUGGAGCGCCGGCCGCGCCGCCUCUGAUGCCCGGCCCGGCGCGCACCAUGGGGCCGCUGUGGCUCUGCUGCCUGCCCCUCGCCUUGCUGCCCCUGCUCGCCGCCGUGGAAGAGACACUGAUGGACUCCACAACGGCCACAGCAGAGCUGGGCUGGAUGGUGCAUCCUCCCUCGGGGUGGGAAGAGGUGAGUGGAUACGACGAGAACAUGAACACAAUCCGCACCUACCAGGUGUGCAACGUCUUUGAAUCCAGCCAGAACAACUGGCUCCGGACCAAGUAUAUCCGGAGGCGAGGAGCACACCGCAUCCACGUGGAGAUGAAAUUUUCCGUCCGGGACUGCAGCAGCAUCCCUAACGUCCCAGGCUCCUGUAAGGAGACUUUUAAUCUCUACUACUAUGAAUCAGACUUUGACUCUGCCACCAAGACUUUUCCCAACUGGAUGGAAAACCCUUGGAUGAAGGUAGAUACAAUUGCUGCCGACGAGAGCUUCUCGCAGGUGGACUUAGGUGGGCGGGUGAUGAAGAUAAACACCGAGGUGCGCAGUUUUGGGCCCGUCUCCAAAAACGGUUUCUACCUGGCCUUCCAGGACUACGGAGGCUGCAUGUCUUUGAUCGCAGUCCGUGUCUUCUACCGCAAGUGUCCCCGUGUGAUCCAGAACGGGGCUGUCUUCCAAGAAACUCUUUCAGGAGCAGAGAGCACCUCCCUGGUGGCGGCUCGGGGGACGUGCAUCACCAACGCGGAGGAGGUGGAUGUGCCCAUCAAGCUGUACUGCAACGGGGACGGCGAGUGGCUGGUGCCCAUCGGCCGCUGCAUGUGCAGGGCAGGCUACGAGUCGGUGGAAAACGGGACCGUCUGCAGAGGCUGCCCAUCAGGGACUUUCAAGGCCAGCCAAGGGGAUGAAGGAUGCAUCCACUGCCCGAUUAACAGCCGGACAACUUCGGAAGGGGCCACCAACUGCGUUUGCCGAAAUGGAUAUUACCGGGCAGAUGCUGACCCUGUCGACAUGCCAUGCACCACCAUCCCGUCUGCCCCCCAGGCCGUGAUCUCCAGCGUGAACGAAACCUCUCUGAUGCUGGAGUGGACCCCACCGCGGGACUCGGGGGGCCGAGAGGACCUGGUGUAUAACAUCAUCUGCAAGAGCUGCGGCGCCGGCCGCGGGGCGUGCACGCGCUGCGGGGACAAUGUGCAGUUCGCCCCGCGCCAGCUGGGCUUGACGGAGCCUCGCAUCUACAUCAGCGACCUGCUGGCCCACACGCAGUACACCUUCGAGAUCCAGGCAGUGAACGGCGUCACCGACCAGAGCCCCUUCUCCCCGCAGUUUGCAUCAGUGAACAUCACCACCAACCAGGCUGCUCCUUCAGCUGUGUCUAUCAUGCACCAGGUGAGCCGCACUGUGGACAGCAUUACCCUCUCGUGGUCUCAGCCUGACCAACCCAAUGGAGUCAUCCUGGAUUACGAGCUACAAUAUUAUGAGAAGGAUCUUAGUGAGUUAAAUUCAACAACUGUGAAGAGCCCCACCAACACUGUGACAGUGCAAAACCUCAAAGCUGGCACCAUCUACGUCUUCCAAGUGCGGGCACGUACUGUGGCUGGGUAUGGCCGGUAUAGUGGCAAGAUGUAUUUCCAGACCAUGACUGAAGCUGAGUACCAGACUAGUGUCCAGGAGAAGCUGCCGCUCAUCAUCGGCUCCUCUGCAGCAGGACUGGUGUUCCUCAUUGCUGUAGUCAUCAUCAUUAUUGUGUGCAAUAGAAGACGGGGCUUUGAACGUGCCGAUUCCGAGUACACUGACAAGCUGCAGCACUAUACCAGUGGCCACAUGACUCCAGGGAUGAAGAUUUAUAUUGAUCCAUUUACCUACGAAGAUCCCAAUGAGGCUGUCAGGGAAUUUGCAAAAGAAAUCGAUAUCUCGUGUGUGAAAAUUGAGCAAGUGAUUGGGGCAGGGGAGUUUGGUGAGGUGUGCAGUGGGCAUCUCAAGCUACCCGGCAAAAGAGAGAUCUUCGUGGCCAUCAAGACACUGAAGUCUGGCUACACAGAGAAGCAGAGACGGGAUUUUCUGAGCGAGGCCAGCAUCAUGGGGCAGUUUGACCACCCCAACGUCAUCCACCUGGAGGGGGUAGUAACCAAGAGUUCACCAGUCAUGAUCAUUACUGAGUUCAUGGAGAAUGGCUCACUGGACUCCUUCUUGAGGCAAAAUGAUGGGCAGUUCACAGUGAUCCAGCUGGUGGGCAUGCUGCGGGGUAUCGCAGCAGGCAUGAAAUACCUGGCCGACAUGAACUACGUGCACCGGGACCUGGCUGCCCGCAACAUCCUGGUGAACAGCAACCUGGUCUGCAAGGUGUCUGACUUCGGCCUGUCCCGUUUUCUGGAGGAUGACACUUCUGAUCCCACCUACACCAGUGCCCUGGGUGGGAAGAUCCCAAUACGGUGGACAGCACCUGAGGCAAUUCAAUACCGAAAAUUCACAUCAGCUAGUGAUGUGUGGAGCUAUGGAAUAGUCAUGUGGGAGGUGAUGUCGUAUGGCGAGCGGCCUUACUGGGAUAUGACCAACCAAGAUGUAAUAAAUGCUAUUGAGCAGGACUACCGGCUGCCACCCCCUAUGGAUUGUCCAAAUGCCCUGCAUCAGCUAAUGCUUGACUGUUGGCAGAAGGACCGAAACCACAGACCCAAAUUUGGGCAAAUUGUCAACACUUUAGAUAAAAUGAUCCGAAAUCCUAAUAGCCUGAAAGCCAUGGCACCUCUCUCCUCUGGGAUUAAUCUCCCUCUACUUGACCGCACAAUCCCAGAUUAUACCAGCUUCAACACUGUGGAUGAGUGGCUGGAUGCCAUCAAGAUGAGCCAGUACAAAGAGAGCUUUGCCAGUGCUGGCUUCACCACCUUUGACAUAGUAUCGCAGAUGAGUGUAGAGGAUAUUCUGCGAGUUGGGGUCACUUUAGCAGGACACCAGAAGAAAAUUCUGAACAGUAUCCAGGUGAUGAGAGCACAGAUGAACCAAAUUCAGUCUGUGGAGGUUUGAUAUCAACGUGUCCUCAUGCUCCACUUCCUUGAGGCCCUGCUCCCCUUUGCCCCUGUAUGUCUGAGCUCUAGUUCUUGAGUGUUCCGCAUGGAUCAGAGACAGGCAGCUGCUCUGAGGAUCAUGACAACAGGAAGAAAUGCCCUAUCAUCAACAAUGAAUUGUCUCCAAGAGCUUCUAGAAUUUAAACAAUGGAAAAAGGGAACAACAAAAAAAAAGACAACUAUUUUGAAAACAAACAAACAGACAGACAAUUAUUUUUAAAUAAUAAUAAAGCAAUUGCAUUCUUGAAAAGGGCUCCAAGACCAGGAGUCUCCAAAGGAAGAGAAUAGAGCAGCUUCAUCUAUUUCCUCUUGCACAAAGUUGCUGCAGCUGGGCCUAGACACCUCUGGAGCAAUGAGACUUUUUCAAGAAGAUGAAUGCGAGGAUAGAUCCCGAGAAGCACCUCUCUUUCUCACAUGGAGUGGCAGCUCUGGGAAUGUCCUGCAGCCGGCAGUACUUUCGGAAAGCCCCUGUUAGCAAAUCAAAGAGGAAAGAGAGCAGAGCUGAAGCUCUCUGGUGCUGUGGAACCAAGUGCAUCUCAGAAAUUGUUGGACUUCUUCAAAAGCUGAAGACAUUCUUUUUUUUUUUUUUUUUUUUUUAAACAAGUAAACUGAGACUAGAAGAGGCUGUUUCCGACAAAUGAGAAGGAAUCUGUAACACUUGGGUGGGGGGGGUGGGGGAUGGGGAAAACCAGUCCUUUUUACAUCUCUUAUUUUCUCUUGUCAUGGAACAGUUUUGUGAGUGACAGUUUCCUAAGGGUCCGUCCAUCCACCCUCCAAUGGCAUCAUUGUUUCAUACAUAUCAUAUGCACAAGACUUUUAGUGAUGUCCUCACUCGAUGCCAAUGAUCUUUUCCCAGAAGACUUCCCAAGUACAGUAUGUAGUAGAUUUUGAUUACAAAUGCUGACGUGUACCUUUAUUUUUGGUUGUCAUUGUUGGGAGAAUUGUCCUUUUACCUUGCUUUGUUAACACCAAUUUGUGAGUUUGGGGUUGGAUUUAUUAUUUUUUUUUUUAAUGAGAAGGAAAUGACAUUUCCAAGCAUCAUAUCAUUCAAGAACUUAAAUCCUUUCCUUGUGGAAGGAAAAAAUGCAGCUUAUUGACAAUAUGCCAGGAGAAUAAGUUUUUUAUAUGCACAUUUCCUCAUGUUUGCUUGUUUGUUAUUUUGCAAUUUGUCGUGGCCUGACAGAUGUUUCUAACUGUUGGGUUUCCAGUUGUUCACCGAGAUGAAGUGACCACCUGCUCAAUGCAAGGUUGCUGGUGCAAUGAUGAGCAGCAUCACAGAAGGUUUUUUGUUGUUGUUUUGUUUUGUUUUUGUUUUACAGGGGGGAGGGAAAGACAGGGGAGGAUAGAUGUGUUGUGGGAGGGGAUGGUGACUCCACAGCUGGCUGCCAGAGCCCCUCGGAGAUGUCUGACUGCUUAGAAAAGUGUCAGAAGUGGGUCGGUGCAUGUACCACAGAAAGGCAGGGUAAGCCUGGUCCUCUAAGAGGAGCUUAGCACACGGUUUCUCAGAGCCCGAAUUGUAUUAGCUGCUAGGUUGUGGAUGCUUCGCUACAGUAACCAAACUCUGUGGAUGUGCUCUGUGCACUUUGGACACGCAGUCCCUUCGCUGGACAAUGCACUGGGGGCUCUGAGCCAUCUUCAGUCUCAGCCAGUUGCCUCUUGGAGAACCUGGGCGAGCAAAGGAAAAAACUCAUCUAGUAGCCCAGGUCUCUGGAGGAAAAUGCCAUGGCUGAAGCUGAAUGGCCAGUCAGUGGAUUUAUAAAUAACUGAAAUAAAUACUUUAGUUACUCAACAGGUCUUUGGUAUGUGUAAAUACCACCAACCAAGUGCAGGGGAAAUACAUAUGAGAAUAAUUGGACUAGUUAUCCCUGUUCAGCACCAUCUCAUAUCUUCUGAAACAUGCCUAGCACCACCCAACUUCCCCUGGCCGUUUGUGGCAUAUUUCCACACAUUUCCUCGCCAUAUAAUGUGCAUUUACAAACUCUUGUCUGCCAUUGCCAUGUCAUUCAUAGGGUUCUUCACUCAUUUUCAGCAGCAUGGAGUGUUUGAAGGCAUGUUUGCUGGGAGCUGGUUUGCUGUAUUUUCCAGGAGCUGAAUCCAAGAGGAAGUCUGUAGAUGAAACUCCCAAGCUGUCUAGACCUCUGUGGUCAGAUAUCAUCUCCCUAGACUGCUUGCAAUAUAUGAUGCUAUUUGUAAAGUACUUAUCAUUUUCGUCUUUCAGACCAGAUCAGAUGAUGAAGCACAUAUGAGUGGCAGGAGACCAUUCCCUGCAAGUGAGAGUUACUUCUCUGCUUAGCUUUUUCACUGGCCAAAUGUUUGGUGCACAGCUUCAUCAGCAGGGGCCUUAACUGAAGGAAUUUUCCACCUAGCUCCUAUUAAUUUUAGAUCUCUUCUGGUGGAUUGCGUUUUCUUUUGUAUAUUGUAUUUCCCUGCUCUUGCACCCAAAAGUACAUCUGUAGUCAUCAGAUGAACAUGAGCAGCAGAUGUGUGCUGGGGGCUUUGGGAUGUGUUCUGUUCCCAGCAACUACGGUGCAUGCCUUCUGACAGCAAUGUUAUACCCUAUUAUCUGUUUUAGGGCAGAAUCUGAUGUGGAGAGAGUUCAGGGUGAGUGGGCAAUAGGUAUGUUGUAUGCAGGUGGUGCCUGGACAUUUGGGCUGCCUGUCCUAUAGCCAGUCUGUUUUAAUGUGUGUAUCUAGCUGAAGGGAUUCUUCGAAUGCCCUUGCGUUCAAAAAUUGUGUCUUCAAAAAUCGCUGUUCCUGACCAUGAAACAAACUCAGUUUUAAAGAGCAGCAUGCAAAAAAUUGAUGGUGCCAACUAAACUACAGUGUUGUCAGAGGGCACACAGAGAAAAAAAAAACAACUCUUCUCCACACACCCUGUCCCACAGAACUGUGGAGCAGCAGUGAGACCUGCUCUCAUGGCGUGCCUCUUCCACAGCAUAGCUGCUCUGUUUUAACAAUUAACAGCUGUCAGCUCCCUAAGGCAUGUCUUUCCCCAAGGCAUGUCUGAAGCUGUUUGGUGGCAGGCCAGGCUGAGGGAAGCGUGGUGCUGUGCCAAGCUGCCUGCCCACAGCCAGCCAGCUACUUUUUGUACGAGGGAGCUAUGCAGUACAAGGAGAGCUGUCUGUCCAGAAAACUCACCAGCAAAUUCCUGUGGGGCAGCCAUGUGGAAGGAGUGCACAAUCCCCUUCAGUUUUCUUUCCCAGACAGUUCUUGACUGCUCAGUACCCUCUGUUACAUGCCUGCAUACACCAGGGAUAAGCAAUGGCCAGGCAGGAUCCCCCUUCAGAGCCAGCCACUAUCAGACAGGGCUUGGAAGGACACUUCAGGUCAUUUGAAGACGUUUUUUUCUUAAUGCACUGAAUCUCCUCACUGGCUAGCAUCAUACACAUCUACCUAAUAGACCCAAGCCACUGUGAAGGAUGGGACCACACAGCUCAGUGCCACAACGCACCAAAGCCAUGGCAGCUGUCUGCAGGACAGAGAGAGCACAUCGUUUAUCUCUUCCUCUGACCAAAAUCACAUGUAACGAGUAACACAUUGCAUCUGAUUACCAGACAUUGCUGGCAUCAUAUCAGUCUGUAUCUGAUUGUGAAGGACUAAUGGUGAAUUGGACCUAAAAUAGAAAUGAUCCAUAAAACACUGCAGUUUUCUGCAUCCUUCCAGCUUUCCAGAGAGGAUGAGGAACCAAGCUCCUGUAAAGUGCUCUAUUUGUAAAUGCUUCUGGUGGAUGCUGCAGUUGGUGGCAGUCACCAAAAUGACAUAAUGUUUUUAUUUCAUGAGUAUCAAAUGUGCUGCUGGGAAAUAUGAGUCUAACUGCAAAAUUCAACUUCAUGUGGAGAACAAGUAACAAGGGGAAGACACAUGACAUUUACACUGUGAAAUACUAUGGUGCAUGUGCAUGUGUGAAUACUUAACAAAAAUCAUCACAAUGAGAUUUUUUUCAGGCACCUUGUUGCAAUUUUCACAUUUUCCCUCCACCUUUCAAGCUAGCUCCAAGACCUACUCUUCUCCACUGUUUUCCACUGCCAUCUGUUGCUGAAGGUCACCCAUGUCUUGUGAUGGCAUCCAGCAGAAGAGCUGAGCAGGCCAUUAAGUUGAAAAUACUAUAUUAGUUGGCCAGUGAUAAAAAUCAAAUCAUAUGGAGCAUCAGGGAGCAGAGUGAAGAAAGCAAAGCAUAUAUGGAUAGUAGAAAGGUAAAAGAAUCACCACAAUGCUAUAUUUUAUGGGUCAUUUUCAACAGUUGCCACCAGCCCUUUACCUGGAAUUAGCAGCAAAGUUGUAAGCCAGGCAAAAUGAAAAAUGAAUUUGCAAGAUAGAGCACUGCCAGAAGUCAUGAGCUGUGGGGACACAGACACAAGGCACUAUGUACUGCACUGCCCCUCCACAAAUUAUCUUCUACCGCCACCACCCCUAAAAUCCCAGGACUACCCUUCACAAACUUGAUGGCGAUUUGUGUCUUGCAGCAGCUGAGGAUCUGCUUGUUACAGUCUGGCUUCUCCUCUCCGUAGCAUUCUCUUUACCAAGCAGUAGCUUUCACUGCCAGUAACCUUCCGUGUAAUCUGGGUAAAUGCUGCUGUCACAGGGUUUAGCAAUUAUACAGUUAUUACUUCAGUAUUAUGAUUCAAAUGUAACGAGUUUUAUCCCACAACUCCAUGGCAGUCAUAGUACAGCAGAGCCACCUUGUUUGUGCUGACAGCGUGCACCUGUGUUUCCAUGUGCAGGGAGACAUACGACAUCACAUCCUGUGCAGGGCUAGGGAGAAAGCAGGGCCACACCUUCAUGUAACUCCGGCUUGAAAAACCUGCCAUAAAGUGGCUGUUGUCCAGUGCAGAGAUGCCUCCUGAUCCGGCAUUUCAUGAGCUAAGGAGAGAGGUUCUGUGGUAGGUGCUGGCUAUGCUAAUACUGUUUUUUUUUUCCCCACACCCCUUGAAGUCAUUCUUUGUAUUGGUGUCCAAGGAAAGAUUCUUUCCCAGUAAUCGUCAUGCUGCAGAUUAGCAGAGGUCUGUAGAGAAAACCUCUUGGUGCAUUUGAGCAGCUGAGAAAACUUCUUGGUAAAUUUUCUAGGCUGAUUUGUAUGAAACCUGCAAUCAGGGCUUGAAUUCUGCUGCAUCAUUAACGGUUGUAUCCUCUAACAAUAUAAUAAAUCUGUGGCUGUCUUGGAUUUAUGAAUCCAAAGUGCCUGGAA